AUAAACAAGAUUGUCUUUCCUUGGGUAAACAAAAAGUACUGGAGAGAGAAAAUACCACAAACUGCACUGAGUUGCAGGCAAAAGUCAAUGAUAGUACUUUUCCUAAAUGCAUCAUAAAAUAUUUUUUUAUCCCCUUCGUUUCAACACAUUCCGUUCUAUUCACAAUUACAGCGUUUCACUUCCAAACCUGAGAAAAAUGGCCUCUUCAAAUAGUGCAAAAAAAAAAGGACCUGGGCAUUGGAGUACAGGUCUACUAACAUCGAUGGAGGAUCCAGAAAUGAAAGUAGAUGAAGAUGACAAAUGUGUUACGAUUAAAGAUAAAUAUCCCAAGGCACAAUAUCAUUUUCUUGUUCUGCCAAAAGACAAGAUAAGCAAUCUAAAGAAUCUAAAUGGUGAUAAUGUGGAAUUACUUAAACACAUACACUUUAAAGGACAGGAAAUUGCCGAUAAGGCAGAUAAACAUCUAUUGUUUAGGUUUGGUUAUCAUGCUGUACCUAGUAUGGGUCAACUUCAUCUUCACGUAAUAAGUCAAGAUUUUAACAGUCCAUGUCUUAAAACUAAAAAACAUUGGAAUUCUUUUACAACUGAAUAUUUCAUUGAUUCAGAGAGAAUAAUAAAACAACUUGAAAAUAAAGGUAGAAUAGAAAUAGACACUUCUUCAUCAGAAACAUUACUCAAGAAAGACCUUCAAUGUCAUAUAUGCAGUAAGAAAUUAUCUACCAUACCAGCCUUAAAAUCUCAUAUAGCUCUACAUUGUGUUUCUAGAAAGAAGUCAACCUGAAACAGUUUGGAAUUGGCAUUAAAAUGCUUUAAUGCAGACACCUUGUGUAUUCUGGAACCAAUGAGCUUAUAGUGCAUGUGACCAUUGCUUCAGGAACGCAAUGUGUGUUAAAUGAACCAUUUAGUCAAGAGCAACUUCAUGAAGAUUUAAAAUUUCAAAUAGAAAGAAUCUGACUUUUGUCAUUACAAUGAGUAUAGAGUGGAGGAACACUAAAUGCAGUGUGUGCUUAUGGCAAGAUUGUGCCUAUAUCUUCAAAUAUUAAUUUACCUAAUUCAUAGAUGUUUGUUGAGCAAGGCUGCUUUUAAUCUGCCAUUUGAUGGUUAUUUGAUGAGUUGGAUAAUAGAACAUUAUUAUUGGAAAUGAUGUCUUACUUUGGGUUUGGUCUAAUUGCUGGGCUGGCAACGAAUUGUUGCAAUUUCCACUAGCGUCAUUCAUAGGAGAUUCCGUUUCAGUGGAAGGAGGUGUCACAUGUUGGACUAGUAUUUGUUUUGACAUGGGGCCACAUUUUAUUUGAACAAUAGCAAGCUCCAUAUAGAACCCUGUUUACAUUACACAUUUUAAGCGUGCCAGGCACAGCACUGUUAAUUGUUAUUGUAGUGUAAACGGGUCAAACACAAGCGUGCCAUAUUGAGUAACGUGCCAGGCACGGCAUAGUUAAAUGCUAUCUGGUCUGAGAACUGUUCUCAGUACGGAUUACUGCACAUGCACCAAAUGAACCUUGAUCUUUUUUACCGUCGCAAACUUUGACAGUUCUAUCAUCAGACUGCCCAAACUAAAUCAACCGCCAUAAUUGUUUUCAUCCGGAUAAUUUGCAUAGGGACUGAAAUUAACUUUUCUGUGAAGAGUUCCACAUUUGGUGUGUCUGGCACGGUUCCCAGACCGUAUAUUUUACAAUAAUGUAAACAGGUCAAUUUCUUGAAAUUUAUCGAGGCCUGAUACCGUGCCAACAGGACAACGGCACGCUUAUAACGGCCAAGUGUUAACGGGGCUUUAGUCUUUUGGGUGUUCUCAUUUGCUGUCUUUUAUUGUAAUAAGCAAACAUAAAGAUAUGGCGUAUGGAUAAACCGAUUAAAACUGGUUAUCUUUCGUGAUACGAUGGGAUAGAUUAAAAUUUUGUUCACUCUAUCUACUUAAAUUUCAUUAGACAUGUCAGAAGGCAAACAAUGUCUGGACUUAAAUUUCCCAUAUAUACACAGUCAUUUUUAUAAUUUAUUCAUUCUGAUUUCUAUUAAAGCCCACUGUUAAAGUUUCUGUUUCGGACAUUUGUUACCGUAAUUAGUUUUAUAUUUUGUUCAU